GCCAGGUAGAGCGCCGUGUCGCCCACUGUGGGGUAAGACUUAAAGAUGGAGAUCACCGCCAGCUGCAUGAACAUCAGGAACACCGGCUGGUCCCUGCAGGCCGACGCACACAGAGAUGCGGAGCUGGUAUCGGCUGUUGGGAGAAAAAUGGCUGGUUUAGAGGCGCUGUACACCUGUGUCGCAGAUAAAAUCGAGUGUCCGCAGGACGCCGUCGUGUGCUUCGUUCACUGGGUAAUGAUAAAGAAUGGCUACCGGUGCAUCGGAUCUGGAUUCGAGCCUAGCAGCCGUGAUAAAAAGUCAGAGCUGCUUCCUGCUGACUGGAGCAGCAACAAGGAGCUGUACAGCCUGCGCUACAGGACCAGCGACACAGACACCGUGAUGGUGCUGAAGGCCAUCGCUGUGGACUCCACGCUCAUCUUCAACUUAAUGAACUCCGGCACUAACCAGGUUUCAUACCUGAUGGUGAACAUCAGCGACCACGUCAACGCCGAUCAGCUGCACACCUUUGACAGCAGCACAGAUAAUGACGUAAACACGACGUUGUUCCGGUUGGUGACGGAGCCUCUCUGUGCCACAGCGUGUUCAGAGACGCAGACGAUUUGUCUGAGACGGUGAAGUCUCGGCUGCUGCCCCGCCCAGAGAAAGCGCCGGAGAGCAGCAGACAGGAGGAGGGCGAGUCGUCUCAGAGGAGGCGGGAGGAAGACGGCGACCCCC